UGUCAACUUACUGUUCUAUUUUGAGAUCCUGCAGACCUGUGCGUGGUCGCUCAAGUGCUAAGUGCAGGCUGCUGGUUCCAUCCGAGCCCGAUUUUCAGCGAACGAAUGUCCAUUGCGCAGAGUUUGUGACUUGAAAGAGGAACAUGGCUCCAAAAAAGGCAAAAGGGGAUGCACUGAAGCCGCCACCGCUGAUCGGGAGGUUCGGUACCUCACUGAAGAUCGGAGUCGUCGGCCUGCCUAAUGUUGGGAAGUCAACCUUUUUCAAUGUGCUGACAAAGAGUGAGGCUGCUGCUGAAAAUUUCCCCUUCUGCACCAUUGACCCAAAUGAAAGCAGAGUGCCCAUUCCAGAUGAACGCUAUGAUUUCCUCUGCCAAUUCCACAAACCUGCCAGCAAAGUCCCAGCAUUCCUCAAUGUGGUAGACAUUGCUGGCCUGGUGAAAGGAGCCCACGCAGGCCAAGGCCUUGGAAACGCCUUCUUGUCCCACAUCAGUGCCUGUGACGGCAUCUUCCACAUGACACGUGCUUUCGAGGACGAGGAUAUCAUCCACGUUGAGGGGACAGUGGACCCGGUGAGAGACAUGGAGAUCAUCCACGAGGAGCUUCGGAUGAAGGAUGAGGAGAUGAUCAGCCCCAUUAUCGACAAGCUGGAGAAGACAGCCAUUAGAGGCGGUGACAAGAAACUCAAACCAGAAUAUGACAUAAUGUGCAAAAUAAAGAGCUGGGUAGUGGAUGAAAAGAAGCACGUCCGUUACUACCACGACUGGAACGACAAGGAGAUUGACGUUCUGAACAAAUUCUUGCUCCUGACAUCCAAACCGAUGAUCUACCUUGUUAAUCUCUCUGAGAAGGACUACAUACGGAGGAAGAAUAAAUGGUUGGUGAAAAUCAAGGAGUGGGUGGACAGCCACGAUCCCGGAGCCGUGGUCAUCCCCUUCAGCGGAAACCUGGAGAGCAAGCUACAGGACAUGAGCGAAGAGGAGAGACACAAGUACUGCACGGAGCAGAAGACGCAGAGUGCACUGAACAAAAUCAUCAAGACGGGCUACGCCGCCCUGCAGCUGGAGUAUUUCUUCACCGCCGGGCCAGAUGAGGUCCGUGCGUGGACCAUACGGAAAGGAACUAAGGCUCCACAGGCUGCAGGGAAGAUCCACACCGACUUUGAGAAGGGCUUCAUUAUGGCUGAAGUAAUGAAAUUCCAGGAUUUUAAAGAGGAAGGCAGCGAGAGCGCUGUCAAGGCGGCUGGGAAAUACAGACAACAGGGAAGAAAUUACAUCGUUGAAGACGGAGACAUCAUCUUUUUUAAAUUUAAUGCACCAAAUGCACCAAAAAAGAAGUGACAAGUUGAUUUGUUCUGUCUUUAUUUAUUUGCUACUUUCUUCAUUUUGGGGCAGGGAUGAUACACCUCUCCACUUUCUAACUUUUUGGCUGCCAACCUGUCAGUUCUCAUCUCUCUGGUGCCAAAGCACCGGUUCCGCAUGCUUCUGACAGCAAGCUAUUUAAGCCCAGGACUGGCCCCCCACUCCAGAACCGUAGCAACAUUUGAAGCAGCGUAUUACUCUCCAGAUACUUCAUUAAUCUCCAUCACAGGUGCCAGCAGUGACACAGCUGACAGUGGGAACAAUGCCACCUGCUUCUCUCUCUGUUCUGCUGAUAAUGUGUGUUUUACAGUAGGCCAGAUGUCUACACUCAAUAAAACAUUUGACAAAACCAGCUUGUGUGUGUUUUGGGAUGUCUGUAUUGAGAGGGAGACGGCAUGGGGACGGCGAUAGCAGUCCUGCCGACCACUGAUUAGAGAAUUAAAACACAUAACUGACACUGACUGUAUGCUAAAAAGGGGACGAGUACAAUUAAAUAUAUUUUAAUGAUGCUGAUUUUGGAAGGACAGAGGCAGCAGGCAGGUAUGUUUGCCAAAAAGUGGCCACUUAAAAUGAUUGAUUGUAAAGGCACAAUUAUUUCACUGUUUUUAUUAAAUAUGUCUCCCGUCAUUCCAACUCUGUUAUCUUUCCACGGGAAAACAAACAUAUUCAUUUACAUCCUCGUUUCUCAAGAAAAGGAUAUAUCGUUAGAUAUUCAGUAUAGCAUGAAAAUAGAAGUUGACAUAGUCUACAAGUACAACCAAAAACGAUUUCUGUUGUCUGAAGUGGUGUUUUUCUCUCCCCUAUACUUUACGUGAAAGUGUUUGUGAAGCAUUUAUGCUGAUGGAAUUGCACGGCUGCCGCUGCUGCCGCCGCGCUCCAGAGUGAGAUUGUGUUCUCGCCGGGAGUCCGAACAAAACAGCUGUAGAUCAGCAGUGCUUUGCUGAAUAUCUUGUAGCCAUUAAGACUGUGGAGGAGGGAGGAAAAAAAUGCCCAUUUGAUGAGAACACAAAGAUUGAAUAAAAAUGGUCAUUUCACCCAGAAAAUAUUGCAUAUCCACAUUUUUUGAAUAGGACGGUUUACAGAGCCUGUGCCAACUUUUGAAAGCACAGUGUUUGUGAUAGAAAUCAGGUGGAUUAUAGUCUUUAAGGUUUAAGAUCAAUGGUAAAGUGUUGGACAGUGUUUAUUGUCAUUUUAAAGAAAGAAAGACAAAUGUGUACAUCUGUACCAAAUAACAAUAAGCUUUUUUAUUUUUUUUUUGAUUUGCGUUAACCACUAAUUCUAAUCAAACAGCUCUCAUUGACUUCUUCUGCUUUCUCUAAGUGAAACCAUAUCUGAAACACAAUGGCCGCAUGAGACAAAACUGUUUUUGCAUUCCUCUCUGGGUGUUGGUGGUGUUGGCCAACCUAAACCCAACAAAGAAGACUGUUCAUCCGCUGUAUAUUUGAGGCUCCGGGACUGAUGGGUUCUUUCCAGUGGUCUGGGUUUUUAAGAAUUUUGUUUUUCAUAAAGAGUCACUAAAUCUUCUUUGAGAAAGUAAUAAAGUUAUUUACAGCCAUAAUGCUUUUUUUAAAAAAGGAGUUUGCUGAACUUAAGCGGUGUCGAUGCUGAAUACCAAUAAUUUUACUGUCAAGACAGAGACGGGAUUUUACAAGACGAAGAUGAAAUAUGUUGAAAUCUGAGGUGACUUAGGUGGGUUUAAGAAGAAGCACAAGCGGACACAUGAACUCACAACGGGGCAGAGAAUCUGUGGACGUCUUCUGUCAGCGUCAUCAAUCAAGUGGUGCCACUCCGCCCUGAGGCAAACCGCAGAGGCAUCGCACCAUGAAACAGCGCAGAGCAGAAAGUUGGCUUUAAAACACACCCAAAAAAACAGACCUCUGCCUGCUGUCAUAAAUUACACACUCACCAAAAGACCUUUAAAGAAAUCAUAAAAAAAAGAAUGUGUGAAUUAUAGCAAACAAACGUGGCGUUUUUCCAGAGCCAUAACUAGACACAAGGGACUGGAUUGGGAAAUGCAAGUUAUUACAACCACACUGUAUGGUGUUAUUACAAAGAUGAAAUGCUCUCUAUUUUGGUUGACAAUGAAAGUGUUGCAAUAUAUUGAAACAGUUGCUAUUGUGUUUUAACUCUUGCUGACACUUAAAUUCAGCACAGGGAAAAGUCAACACAGAACCAGGACUCGACAAAAAUAACACUUAAUGUUCACAUUUCAUGGUUUAUGCAACAAGUUCCUCACACAUAGAGAUAUAUUAUAGAGGCACUGCAUUCUACUAUUUUUUGUCACUGUCAAAAGGAUGACAUACUCUCAAUGCAUAAAGGAAUGUCAUAAACACAUAUUCCAAGACUUUUUUUUACCUUUUUAUUUUUACAUUUUCUAUCUGUUUACAGAGAUUGAGUGUUUUAACAACUUUUUGUACUAUUUUUCUCAUGAUGGAGGACGUCUAUUAAUAAAAUUAAACUUUAAACUGCAUUUCUGAGUAUUUCAUUGGGAAUCCGGAACAGACGAAUAAAUGCCAUGGCAAAAAACAGGUACCUGGGACUUAUAAGCUACAAUCAGCGCCCCACAAACCUCCUGCUCCACUCCAUUCCGAUGCAUCUUUUCCUUGAUAUAGCUGGAACCUGGAUCAGAACUGUACAGCUGGAUAACUCUAUAAUUUCUCGCCACUUUACCGGUAAUGUGAGAAGGGUGUACCUGCAGGCCCGGAGACCCAGCAGCGUUUUCAGGACCGCAUUCUCAGGCCGCAUUCUCAGGACCCAGGCUUUUUUAGCACAGCGCCCCUACUGGUUGGAGUUUGUUUUGUUACUUUCCGAAGACUUUACAAGGCACAUUGCACACGUGAGUAGUAAGAGUAAAAACAUGAUCGAAGCGCUGUUACAACUUAAACAACUAGUUAAUUUAUCAAAUAAAUCAUUGGAAAUAAUCAGUCAUAAUCAAAGUUAAGGGUGAAUGAAACACACCAAAUUCUCACCAUUAUUAACAUUUAUUAAAAAAAAAAAAAAAAAAAACUAUAAACGGCACCCAGCAGCAAGAAGGCGGUGUCUCAAAAAACAAGUCCUGAAAACGUCCUGUGAACGUUGUUAGUCCUCCAGCCAGUAGGGGCGCUGUGUUAAAAAAGCCAGGGGCCUGAGAACGCGGUCCUGAAAAUGCGGUCCUGAGAACGUUGUUGGCGGUCU